AUGGAUACGAGUACGGAGUACACAGACACGACUGAUCACUCAGUUUAUGGACUCGUCGUUUUUCUUGUGAUUCUCGUCUUUUUCGCUUCUCUCACUACUGGUUUGAUCAUCUGCCUUCUGAAGAUCUGGUGCACUUUUCAUCACCAAAGAAGAGAAUCUCAUGUCGAUCAGGUGAGUGAUACGUUACAAAGAACAUUUGGUAAUCACUCCGUAGCAAUCUCUGAAAAAAAGCAAUUCUGAAUACUUAUAAUGGGCCGCAAAAUACGUUUUUUUGGCAAAAAAGUAUGACUUUCUGUCCGUUUUUUCUUCAUUCAAAUUUUCAUUAACUUUUUUACAACAGCGUUAAAGUAGAUAAAUGAAAAAAAUUUUUUUCACGACGUGAAAAAAAUCGAGACGUCAAUUUCAGUCGCCAAUUAAAAAGAUUCCAAAUUGUUUUUUUCUCUAGUAUAAAGUGUACCAAUUUAUUUUUUUGAAAAUGAUGAAUUUAAGCUUGACUUUGAUGAUAAUGAUGAAAUAUCAAUCAACAUCGAGAAUUACUCAAGCUAAUUUCUUUGUAGAUUUACUUUUUUCUUUGACUUCAGAUUUGCUUUUUAUGUAUUUGUUAUAGAGAGAACGAAGAUCGAUCCCUCACGGUUCUCCAGUUUUCGAUUCGGAUAGCGAAGACGAUUCAGAGCAGCAGGCUUCCUUCAGUGGACGCCGAUUUUGUGAGAUUCCGAUAAUUCGGUUGAUGAGCAAAGUUUCGAUUUUCAGCCCAAAGGCUUAUGAGCUACGUGCACAAAUCGUUGGACAAGCGGGAAAAAGACUCGGGAAAAGUUUUUUUCCUAACCUUACAUUUCAUAUGGCUGUUGCUUUCAGGUUGAACACGCGCAAGUUCACGAAAAAAGUAUUAGUAUGGAUACUCGUCGCGUUCCGGAAAUCAAUAUUGAUGAAGUGAAUUUUUCGAUCAUCAAGAAAGUGACUGAAUAAAAAAAAAUGUACAAACGUCUUUUGAAAAAAGUUGGCAAACGGCUAAAUACUUUGAUGCAAGAGAAUCGUUUUGGUGUCUCAAAGUUCAUUCUGACAUCAAAGAUAGUACACGACUCUCAAAACUGAACAAAAAAACCCGCAAAAAAGUAACUUCUUUUGUGUUGCAAGUUAACGAGAGAAUUUUUUUUUCAGAAAAAAAUCGAUUAAAGCUCAAAAAUAACGUUUUUGAAACUCUCGAAUUUUGAAGAACAGGAACCUAACAAAAAUCAAGUAGAAACUGUGUUUCAAAAUAAAUUUUGCAGAAUCAAAAAGUGAAUGAACAAUUAAUUGAUUUUUGCGCAUACAGGGGUAUACUCAAAAAUUUCAGCGUGAAAUCAGCGAGAUAAAACAGAUUUUUUUAAUUUGAGCGGUCUAAAUCUAUUAAUAAAAAUGAGCGAAAUUUGCUGAGUCUCAUUAAGAAGUUUCAUUAAGAGUUCGAAUCUUAUAUUCGAAAUAAAAAAAGAUGAUGGGGAGAAAAAGAUGUUUUUUUCAGCACUCCACGGAUUCGGUGCAACAAUUUCUAACAGGCUUAGAAGGAAUUCCGGCAAAUCGACGUCCACAAAUGGACGAAAAACGAUCCAGCAAAUGUCAUUGA